AUGGCAUCCGCAGAUACUAGCGCCGCUCCAAACAGUACCACCUUGCCCGCUGAGGUGUCUGGGGUCGUUGUGGCUGACGAGAGCGGCAAGACCGAUGCUGCUGUUCCCGUGCCCGAGGAAGAAGAAAAGAACAAGGAGACACCUACGACCGACGCGCCAAACAGCACUACUCUCCCAGGCGAGGUGUCGGGCGUCAUUCCGUCUGAUGAUACUGCAGCAGAGAAGAAAGACGUUGCACCGGCAGCUGCACCAACACCAGCACCAGCAUCAACUGCUACUGAAAAGGAGGAGAAGAAAGAAGUAGCCAGUCCCAUCCAGGAACUCUGGGCACUAGCUCAAUCCCACGGCCACCCGGAGAUCUGGGGAGUCACCCUGGCGGAUCCCUCGACCCACGUCCCUACACAAGUGGUGCUGCAAAAGUACCUCAACGCCAACGACGGCGACGUGGCGAAGGCAAAGGACCAGCUCACCAAGACGCUGGAGUGGCGCGCCAAGAUGAAACCGCUCGAGCUGAUGAAGACGAAGAAAUUCAGCCGGGCCAAAUUCGAGGGACUGGGCUACGUGACUUGUUUUGGGUCCACGGCCGAAGACGCAGAGCCAGGAUCAAGAGAGGUCUUUACGUGGAACAUUUACGGGAACGUCAAGAAUGUCGAAGAGACGUUUGGAGAUUUGCAAGAAUUCCUCUCGUGGCGCGUCGUCUUGAUGGAAGAAGCGCUGCAGCUUCUCCACAUCGACAAGGCCACGGCGCCCAUCACGGCCGACCACGACCCGUACAAGAUCGUGCAGGUGCACGACUACAAAUCCAUCAGUUUCCUCCGGCAGUCGCCCGUGGUCAAGGCCGCGAGCACCGAGACCAUCAAGGUCUUUGCGCAAAACUACCCGGAGCUCCUCAAGGAGAAGUUCUUCGUCAACGUCCCCGCGCUCAUGGGCUUCAUCUACGCCUUCGUGAAGCUCUUCGUCGCGGCCAAGACCAUCAAAAAGUUUCACCCCAUGAGCAACGGCGCGAACUUGGCCGGGGAACUUGCGACGAGCACCAGCGGCAAGAGCCUCAACCUUCCAGACCUGCUGCCGAAGGAAUAUGGUGGAAAGGGACCCGAUCUGAACGCCAGCGGAAAACAGACUGCUUUGGACUAG